CUUCAGUAUAAGGCCUCCCCUUCUCCGCCGCCACCGAAACCCCAGGCUCGUCUCCGCACACUCCACCACCUUCCUCGCCGCCGCCGUCGCGCGCAGCCGCAGCCGCAUCCGCCAUGGGGGCGUACAAGUACGUGUCGGAGCUAUGGAGGAGGAAGCAGUCGGACGUGAUGCGGUUCGUGCAGCGCGUGCGUUGCUGGGAGUACAGGCAGCAGCCGGCCAUCGUCCGCCUCACAAGGCCCACCCGCCCCGACAAGGCCCGCCGCCUCGGCUUCAAGGCCAAGCAGGGUUACGUUGUUUACCGUGUGCGUGUCAGGCGUGGUGGCCGGAAGAGGCCUGUGCCUAAGGGUAUUGUCUAUGGCAAGCCCAAGCACCAGGGUAUCACCCAGCUCAAGUUCCAGAGGAACAAGAGGUCUGUUGCUGAGGAGAGAGCUGGACGCAAGAUUGGUGGACUCAGGGUUCUCAACUCCUACUGGGUGAAUGAGGAUAGCACCUACAAGUACUUUGAGGUCAUCCUUGUUGAUGUGGCCCACACUGCCAUUCGCAAUGACCCAAGGAUCAACUGGCUAUGCAAGGAUGUGCACAAGCACCGCGAACUCCGUGGUCUCACCUCUGCAGGCAAGAAGUACCGUGGUCUGCGUGGCAAGGGCAGUGCUCACCACAAGAACAGGCCCUCGAGGAGGGCUACCUGGAAGCGCAACCAGACCCUCUCCCUCCGCCGCUACCGUUGAGUUCAUAUGUCUUGAUGCUCUCCUACUGUGGAACCUGUCCCAUCCAGACUUCGAUAGUAUUUGGUACCUUUAUUGCAUUGUCGAAAUUUGCUACUUGUGUUCUGAGCCCCAUGAACUUUGUUAGCAGUGUGUACUGUGGAGCAAAUGCUGUUAACUAUGUUUGCGAUUCACCUGUGUUAUCAGUCAACAAAGGUUUAGUAUCGAAUGCUGUGAGCUCAUGUCAUGUGAUUUACUGUUU